AUGAGAGUAAUGGGGAACAUCAAGAUCAGGGAUUACGCUGUUGUGAACGCUUCAGGCAUUAGUGCUUCACCAUGCAGACUUCCACUACAUAGCAAUAUUGUUCGAUUUCCACAGUUUCAGACAAAAUGUGAGGUCACUCUAGAUAUACUCUUCUUAGGAAGUCGGCAAUCUAUCCGAGAGAAAACGAUUGUUGAAAGAGCGGUUUCUCUGCGCAACAACGAGGAGCGGUCACGCUACUACGUCUGGAGGCGGCUCGCCCCACUUGAUCUGGGGUAUCAGCGAGACAUAGAACGAAGACGUCCGACUCUUCGCAAGGCACCUUGCGCUUCUAUUCGUUUGCUGAUCAGAAUGAGACCUUGUGCUCCUAUCCCGUUGGAAGCGCAAGGAAAAUUCGGGACAAUCAGUAAGACCCUGCUGCACAUAUACUGGACAUACUUCGAGCCAACUGUAGUUAUAACUGCCAGGUAUAUACACCGGUUACACACCGUUGAUCGAGCUGCAUCUACAAGAGCCACUCACAUUCCUGCCUCUGGAAGCCCACUUGCUUCAAUAGGACCCAAAAAUGGACUGAGAACGCCAAAUGGUGUUAGUAAUCGGAGUGAGCUGGAUAAAAAUACCGUUGGCUCUCAGAGCAUGCCUCUGCAAGCACUUGCGGAAGGGGACCGUACUGCUAUAUUUCCACACUCCCCCAUGAGCAAUGACGAAAACAAUGCCUUUAGUCCUAAAACAAGGCAAGCCUCGGGCUUCCGAAAUUCGAGAGGAAGCCAAAGCCGAAUCACCGCAAUGGGUAUAACACCCGACGGACUCUUCGGUUUGUCAGAGAAUGAGGACGAGUUCUUCGGUGACUCUUCGGUCGCCUCUUUUCUGAAGCAAAUCAAAGAUUCUGCAACGAAAGAGCCUGAACGAGGAAGCUCGACAACAUAUCCGAUUCCGCGUGCGACUUCUGGCACAACAUCAAUUGCCAUGCCACCGGUGGCUGAGAAUGGUCCGAGUGUCAAAGCCUACGAUCUACCACCACGGCAACUAGCUGACUACCUUUUAAACCUUUAUUUCGAAAAAAUACACAGCCUGUAUCCAUACGUCCAUAAGACAAGCUUCCUUCGUGCUUAUGGACGCCUAUGGAUGCCACUGGCAGAGACAGACGCGGAGACCAUCUUGUCUGGGCUGGGCUUAGGAGAUGCAUGCGUGUCCCUGCCACUCUUCCAUUGUGCAUUGAACAUUAUCUUUGCUUUAGGGUGCCACUUCUCCAAAUUAGAUCAAACGGCGCGGGAAGCUACGGCAGAAGAGUUCUUUCAGCGCUCGCAGCGACUACUGAACAUGAUAUCACUUGAUAAAGGUGAUUUAGCCCUAGUACAAACAUUACUCCUGACAUCACAAUACUUGCAAGGAGGCGAGUCCCCAUCGAGAUGUUGGAAUAUUAUUGGUCUUGCUUGCAGAAUUGCACAGUCACUUGGAAUGCAUUCUCUUAAGGCAGAUAGGGCCAGAACUCCAGCCCAAAUACAGAUGAGAAGGCGCGUCUGGCAUGGAUGUGUAAUGCUUGAUCUAAUCCCAAGAGCAAGUAGUAUGAUGUUGGGUCGACCUCCCAUGACUCAUUCUUCCGCAGUACCUCUUCCAGAAGCUAUCGAUGAUGAAUAUCUCGAUUCAAGCAUGGCAACAUGUCAACCAUCAACGGAAACGCUUUCAGGAACUGAAUUCUAUGUCAGAACUCUACAGCUAUACAAAAUACUACGAAAGAUUCUAUCCGAGGUCUAUGAACCUUGGGAGGACGAGAGGGCUCCUGAUCAGUCAGAGCGGCCAAAGUCUGAAAACGAGCUAGCCCAGACAUUGCUAAGUUUGGAUGAGGAGCUUCUGGCGUUUGAAUCAAACCUUCCAGUGGCUCUACAAUGGCGUGAUGCACAGCAGCCCGCGGAUGUGGCUGGACCAUUCCGUCGUGAGAGCAGUCUGUUGAGGGGAAGGUUCCUUCAUUUGAGAAUAUUGCUCCUUCGUCCUACGCUUGUCAAGUUUUGCCGUAACGGUUUCCCACCGCGUCAAGCGGGUGGCUACCCUCGAUACCAACAAGCGUCUCCUGCUAUGACGUCCAAAUUUUCUCAGCCAGUCUUGGAGAAUGCUUGGAAAAGCUGUUGUGACUGCUUGGAAAACAUGAACCCGUACAGCAACACGGCCAGAAACUGCGCCACAAAUUUGCGGAAGACUCUAUCUCAAGUUCUAGACGGCCAAGGACAAGAAUCUAGAGUGCUUGCCAAUAAACCUGUGCCUCAGAGUACAGGGCAAUAUCUGGGCCGAGACACAAGUUUACCUAGGGCACCGAACUACCUUUCGACUCUCGCUGGAUCAGAAGUUGGCGAUGAUUCCACCCAAGGCGCCCUGGAUACUCAAUUUUCUGAGGCAUUGGACUCUCUCUGGAGUGGAGAUGAUAUGAUUCUCUGCCUUUGCCCUGCGAACGAUAAAUCGUACGCCGUCUUUCUCAUAACAGAUGGAGCUCGUGCAAAGUAUAUAUAUCCGGUUAUCCUAUCAAGGCCACCUGGUCAGCAUACAGGACUAGCUAGGAACCCGAAAUACAAGGCCUAUGUCACUAUCAUUAUGGCAAGCAACCUAUUCUACUCUGCGAGCUACAAACCGAAUCACUGA